AUGGUCCACGGCGGGCUCGUGCUUGCCUUGCUGCCGUUCAUCGCUUCCACCGACGGGAUCGAAGUCAGUGAGACUGGAAGGAUCCGAAGUGAGAAUGCCUCCAACUUAUCUGAUGAGUCGGAGAUGGUCGUUCCGGGCCCCGAGCGCGAGCGGCGGGCGACCGGGCGCCGCCGCGGCGCCCUGUGGGCGCUCUGCCACCUGGGCGAUGCAGCCGCGGUGCUGGGCGACGUCAACUGCUCCGAGGUGCUUUUGCCCUCGGACUAUUUGCAGGUGUGUGGCCGCUGGCAAUGCCGCGAUCCGUUCGUGGACUACUGCUUUUUCAGCUCCGGAAGCCUGCGAGCACAUGCGCCGCUUCCGGCGAACGACUCCAAUGAGACGAUGAGCCUCCCGCUGCAGCGAGCCUUUCGAUGGCGGCCAGAGACACACGGAAAUGAGGCGGUGGAUCCUGAUGAAGAAAGACCUUUGCCUCCAGCGAAGUGUUUUUGGCCCUUCUUCCCCCGGCGGCGCCGGCCCAUGUGCUACGAAGACCUGGUCGAGCGAGAGAUCGUGGCCAGGAAGACCCUGCGGCCACGGCCCUCCCCGCCACCCAGGAGUUGUCCUCCAGAAAGCUGCUGCAGUAGAUCCAACCCAUUUUUCGUGUGCGAUAGUGACUCUGGAGCACACUUGUCUAGGCUUUGGCAGCUUUUCGGUGAUUCCUUGGUCUCCAAGCUUGUGCCUCGCGUGCCGAGCAGCAGCCGCAGUAGCGCUUGGCACCACUGUGCAGACGAAGGGCAGAUCUGUCUUUGCCUGGGCGAGGUUCGCUUUGGUGUGGAAGGCCAUGAGGAGGGUUUUGGCAAUGCCUCACUGUCAUCCUCAUGGGCCUCCGAAACCUUAUUGGCCAAGAAUGGCCUGGUCUUUUGCACAGAGGAGACCUUUGACGGUGCUCCAGUCGCUGCGAACGGCGCGAACACGAAUCGUUCGGGUGAACGGCGGGUGUGCCACUGCAACGCUGGGAGACCCACAGGGCCCUUGGUGGUGCCCAGCAACGAGACGCGACUGGUUUCGGCGGACAACGUGAGCCGAAGCAGCGCGCGGGCCAUGAGCGAGGAGGGACGCUUCAUCAGGAGCCAGCCUUACUCCGACGACUUCUUGAAUGGUGUACGCUAUGACUACGCCUCCAUGCAUGCCGGAGCACGUUUGGUGACCCAUGCCAAGGGGCUUUUGCAUGCAAAAGCUGUGAUCUCACCCGACAAGUCAUUGUAUAUGUUAUCGCCGUGUGAGACACGCACCUGGUUUGUGAUCUCCCUUCUGGAAGACAUUUUCGUAGAAUACGUGGGACUGGUCACUUUGGAGCUCUUUGCGUCGGGCUAUCGGCAUUUGCAGAUUUUGGGCUCUAAUCAAUAUCCCACAGAAACCUGGCGGUUGCUGGGUGAAGUUGAGAGCAACUCCACCUCCAACUAUGAACUCUUCGACGUGGGAUCCCGCUGCCAACGCCUGGCAGAGGAAUGUUGGGUCAGGUUUCUGAAGAUUCGCGUGCUGAGUCAUCACCGUAUGGAGGACAACUCCUUCUGCGCCUUGACGCGUUUCCAGACCUUUGGUGCCACCGCCACCAACUUCGUGGCCAAGGAGCGCACCAAGGAGACCAGCCGCGAUCGUCGCGUGGAACCUAGUCUGCUGGAUGUGGCACGCUGGCACGAGGAUGCAGCGAAAGUGGCCACGUUGCCACCGGACGUCCAGCGAGCGCCAAGCACUGCCGAGCGUCCCAGCGCGCCACACGGGGACAGCGAGGGCAAGGAGGCCAAGAGCCUCACGGACUUGCCUUUAGCUUUGCUGAAGGAUGCCACUACAUGGCUACGUAGCAAAGUUUUGCAUCGUCCGGCUGUAGCGCCACCCGAAGACGAUGGCAAUGCGACGACGACACCACAGCCGGAAGCAAAGCCAGUCUUGUCGGACAUGCUGGUGGAGCUCAACGUUAGCGCCACUUUGGAGGGGAGUAGUGGCAGUGGCUUGGCCUCCUUGGAAAAGCUCCAAGCGACCUUGGACUCCCUGGCGGCGGAAGCCGCACCGAGCGCGAGCGCGAAGGCCAAGAAGGACUCCUCGAUGCCAGCGCUGGUGGCGAUCAACAAGGAGCUUCGAGAGAUGCAGCAAAGUCAGAGCAUACUUCAGGAGCACAACAAACAUGUGAUUUCAUGUUUGAACACAAUGCUGGCGCUGGUGGUUCAGCUUUUCAACGAGCAGAAUGCUCGCAUGAAGACAAUAGAAGAGACUUCUCACGAUUCCGGUCACUUGCCCCAAGUACGGCGUCCUUGGUGGGCCAUUGAAAGGACAAGCCUUUCCAGCUAUCCCAAGAAGGAAUGCCAAGCUCAAGAGGAAUGCGAAGAAAAUGUGGAGAUUCCAGGUGUUCCCAUGCCCAGCUUGCCUCUUUGGGAGCAGCUCCUGUACCGUUAUCCAGUUGAUCGACUACUCCUGGCGAUCCUGGCCUUUUGGCAUUUGUGUCGACUGCUCGGAGCAACGCUUCGCUCCACCUCUCCCGAGGUGGAGGUCCAUGAGGAAGUCCAUCCCACGCAUGCGACGCCCAGCAAGUCCCGCAGCAAGGGCCGUCCGCAUGCGACGGACGCCAACCGAACCGUGUCCGGCGUGAGCGGCCGACGCUUGCAGCGAGAGCUGCAGAGGGAAUUGUCCAAAGGUGCGGAGCCUCCACCACGAGCAGGAUCCCGGCGGAACCGCGGUGGACCGCGGAGCCGCGCCUCCUCCACCUCGGAGGUGAGCGGCGCGCCUAGCCGCAGGGACGGUGACCGAGCGCGGGAGGGUCGCGACGGCGACCGGGCCUUUGAGAUCUUGUGCCGACAGCUGCCACAGACACCGCCCUUACUGCCCAGGACUCGGGAUGAGCUUCGCUCGAGCGGCGACGAGCGUACGCAGCGCCUGCUGCGCCGGCACCGGCGGAGAGAGGAGGCUCGGCCUGUCAGUCAGCUGUGGCACUGCGCCACGUGGCGUUCUCUUUCGGCGGCAGAGGAUCGCCGGAGGGUGUCCAUUCAGAAUUUUCAGCAGAUGGUGACGAGCAAGAUGGUGACGUUGAUGGGUGGUGGCCGUCAUUUCAUUUUUUUGGCGCAGCGUGUGACAUAUUCGGACUCUAACUCACCGGCGCCUUUUGAGAGAGCAGCCAUGGCAAGCGCGUUCCCAACUGCAGAGCUUCUGCACUACGUGAUCGAUGAGCUUCCAGCAGAGAGGCUUGAUGUGGUGGCUUGGGAGAUCUCAAGGCGAAGGAAACUUGCAGUUCACUUUCGAUGGCUUCCAUUGCGUGAAACUGCCGACAGGGCAGGGCUCCAAUUGAGGAGGUCAGCAGCUGGAAUUGUCAAGGGCCUCUUGGAUUCCGACGGGCUUCACAUUUUGGAGGACGGCAAAGCCACCAUUGCAGCGUUGAAAGAAUGCCAGCCAGCAGGCCCCAGCGCGCCGGGGUGCCGCCCAGUGCUGCCACAAGAUUCUUUCUUCACCUGGCGUGCCGGGGUGUGGCGCUGCAGGAAACGUUUCUAUGUGCAGAACAAGGCCCGGAAUCACUGCAAAGAUCGAUGGACCGCUUGCCCAUUCAAAGGUUGGCUCUUCUACAAUGCAGUCCCGGCGAUCGGUGCCAAUUGGCAACCGAUUCUGAUCAUCGUGUUGGCUUUGGUGCUCUUCAUCGUUUUCAAAGAUCGGAUCUUGUUGGCCGUCGCAGGGGAUAACAAGUUCCAUGGAGAUGUGCUCAGUGGCAUGAAGACCAUCCUUGGACUACUCUGCUGCAGCUGUGGCUGGAAGACUUGGUGUUCUCCAUGCUUGGGCUGCUGUCAAUGCUUUGAUUUGCUUCUUAGUCGGUUCUGUGGUUGCAAUGGGACAGCGGACUGCUCUCUAGAUUCAGUUCUUUCCUUUCAGAAUGCUCUUCAACGUUGUUUGGGUUUGAAUCCACGCGUCGUGCUGAUCUCCAAAGUCGUGGCCGGAGACCUACCCUUGGAGGAGGACAGGGAUUGUGCCCUGGGCAACGCAGACAGUAUGUUGUGCAAGGUGCGUCACAGCUUCUUUGAGCACCCGGUGCAUAUCGCGAUAUGGCGCUUACACUUCUUGUCCCCCACGAAGCUUUGCGAGGUCUAUUUGCGGCCGAAGGUCCUGUUCGAGCUCGCGCACCGCAACGAGGACAGCCGAAAGACCUGGAGAAUUGCCAUGCACUCGGUGGACGCGGCCGCAGGGCAGCGAACACAUCCGUGGAUUUGCUUUGAGGUCCAGGAACUUGACAGCGGUUUGAAAGAUCAAUAUCAAUCACUCACGAUUACGGAAGAUGCUCCUGUGGAUACAGAAAGUGGAUGUGGAGGGGUAUCUCCCUUGUGGUGUGGCAGCCCUAGAGUUGCCAGCCUGAAUUUAGUGGCUCGCCAGUCAAACUAUGCCAGCUUCAAAUUGCAACGCUCUGAGCUCUACGAUCAAGAUUUGAAAGCUAUGAGAGAACCCGUAAACACAGGUGAGCACUAUCGCUGUCUCAACCAUCGAUGGAGUAAGCGAGUCUGCCAUGGAGCCUUCCUGGUACUGUUGCUGAUAAGCUUGCCUAGGUUGUACAUCAUGUCUUGCUAUCACCAAUAUGAAUGGUUGGCUGUGGCUGAACGACAAGGCGACGCGGUCACCAAGACUCGUGAAAAGGUCUGGACGAACCCCGAGCUCUGGACCCUCUGGCAGGAAUGCGUCCAAGACACCAUUGGCCUCGAGGAUGACACGAUCAACAAGACGAGCGGAUUUCUUCACUAUUGCCGACCAAAGGAGGAAGAAGUGGAGGAGACAUGCCAGUUGCUCGCCCAAAACACCUCACUGCAACCAGCUCCUCGGGCCUUCAAGGAAGUGCUGGAUCUCUUUCAAGACAGCGGUGGUCUUGGCCAAGCCAUUGUUCGACAGCUGCGGAAUUUGGAUCAAACCCUUCACAAUGUGGACUCCAGCAGGACACCCCAGUAUCUCCUCACAGGUGGACUUCCCUGCCCCUGUAAUGUCGUGAUGGUGAGAAAUUUGAAGGUCUUCGGCCAGUUACGACUCCAUGCAUGUCUCGACCUCCUAAUUCUGCUUUUGAUCAUAUUUAUUCUGGUGAUGCGGUGCUGGUUCAUGCCACAGCGUGUUCUACAAUCAGCCUGA